CAGUGUCCCACAGUCAUGCGCGCUCUCUCUCUCUCUCUCUCUCUUCCAGCUGCUCAAAAAUCUCGUGACGCGUUCGAUGAAGCUGAAAAAGGUCUGAGAGAACUGGAAGAGCAGAUCAGGAGUCUGGAGAAAGAGAUUUCGUUUGAUUUUGGACCCAACGCAGAGUUUUCCUACCUGUACAGCCAGUGUUACGAGCUGACCACCGGAGAGUACGUCUACAGACUCUGUCCCUUCAGUCGGGUGACACAGAAACAGAAGUUCGGGGGCUCGGAAACCAAUCUUGGAACCUGGGGCUCCUGGGCUGGUCCGGAGGACGACAAGUACUCAGUCAUGAAGUACGAGCAAGGGACAGGAUGCUGGCAAGGGCCCAGCCGAUCCACUACGGUGAAGCUGACUUGUGGAACGGAGACUGCCGUGGUCUCCAGCAUGGAGCCCAGCCGCUGCGAAUACCAGAUGGAGUUCACCACGCCUGCGGUCUGCCAGGAGCCCAAUGACCUGGACCUGUCAUCCCACGAUGAGCUGUAGCAUCCCGGGGAUCACAUGCAGCGACCAAGCAAACGCUGAAGAACUACUGAAGGAUGAUUUUGCCCUUUUUUUUUCCUGUAAAUUUCAUUCCCCCAGACAGCAGCCAGAGUAAUGAGGAGUUUCUGUUUUGUUUAGGAGUUUUAUUUGACCUAUACAUAAAUAAAAUAAACGAUGGACCACAAAA